AUGAGUGUCGAGCUAACCUUUCAUCCUUUUCUUACCAGAGUUGGCCUUGCCAAGGAAUGCGUUCCCGCGUUCGAGGAACUUAAGCUCGGGAAGAAGAUCAAAUACAUCAUCUUCAAGCUUAGCGACGACAAGAAGAACAUCGAGGUCGAGAAGAGCUCGACCGAGUGCGACUAUGAAACAUUCAUCGGUGAUCUUCCGGAAACCGAGUGCCGAUACGCAAUCUACGACUUUGAGUACGACUUAGAAGGUGGUGAAGGAACGAGGAACAAGAUCUGUUUCUACACUUGGUCUCCUGAUGAUGCCCCGGUCAGGUCCAAGAUGGUCUACGCUUCCUCCAAGGAAGCUCUCCGCCGGUCUCUGCAAGGGAUCCACGCUGAAAUUCAAGGAACCGAUUAUAGCGAGGUAUCACACGAAACUGUCUUGAUGAGAUUCGUCGGGAAAUAA